AUGACGGUAACCUACAACUUGGACAUUGUCGAAACCUCGUUUCUCGGCUUCCUGAAACUACAGCUACGAUGGCGGGGCAGCAUUUGGAAGUCGGUGAUGCUCGAGCUGGCGCUGUACUCCUUGGUCUUCGGUCUAAUUAUGCUCAUCUACCGAUCCGACUAUGCGAUCACACCGCAGACGAGAGAGGCCUGGGACAACUUUGCCGCAUUAUUCGAUAUGAAAUUGGACUACAUCCCGCUCACCUUCAUGCUCGGAUUUUUUGUGACGAUCAUUGUCGGCAGAUGGAACGAGAUUUUCAACAAUAUCGGAUGGGUCGAUAACACUGCUCUUUUUCUCGCCACUUAUUUACGCGGUGCUGACAACGCUGGGCGAAUGCUACGACGAAAUGUCAUCAAAUACAUGGUCUUAACACAGGUCCUUGUCUUCCGCGACAUUAGUAUGCAGGUCAGGAAGCGUUUCCCGACAUUGGAGACCGUUGUGGCAGCAGGCCUGAUGACCGAAGCGGAGAGACAAGCCUUUGAAGACACGGCCUUUCGCUACAACAAGCAUUUUAUGCCGAUCGAUUGGGCAUUUUCAAUCUUGUUUGAGGCACGGCAGGGCGGGAAAUUGUCUGCGGAUAUCAUGCUGAACGAGAUUUUAAAGCACAUCACCGAAUACCGCACGGGUUUGGCUAGGUUAUUGAAUUUUGAUUGGGUGCCGAUACCGCUGGUCUAUCCUCAGGUGGUGUUCCUCGCCGUGAGAUCGUAUUUCUUCAUUUGCUUGCUGGCCCGACAGAGUGUGCUAAUUGAUGGGCAAGUGCCGAAGGACGGCAACAAGUGGUAUCCGGUAGUGCCCUUCGUGAUGACAGCGCUUCAAUACAUAUUUUUCGUCGGUUGGAUGAAGGUGGGGAUGUUCUACGUUGACGAGAUCUACAGCAGCCCCCCGCCACAGGAGAAGGAUUUCUUCUGGCAGGACCGAGCCAACGGAGAGCCACUUUAUUCGGCCGACACCGCGAGCAAGCCAAAGUACCCGCAAAUCGGAUCAGUGGCUCAAGUCGAACCCAAAGCUGAUGAAGUCGUGAUGAUGCCGCACGUUGAAGACCAGCAACAACUUGAAAAUUCACUGGAUUACGGCGAUGGGCAUCGUCUACUCCCUCGCGGGAUUUCGGUCGUCUCCGUGAACCGUGUCUCUGAUUCGAAGACGUCACUAAAUACACGGAACAAGGGUUUCUUGGAGAGUGUGCGCAACAGAUUCAGUCGCAACUCGACGGUUACGCGACCAAAUCGCUUGCAGCUCUCGCGAACUUCUCUUAAUACCCCCGACGGGAUGGCCCAGUAUCCGAUGUCCACCUGCACGAGCGCCAUCGACAUCGUCGACGAGUUGGCGGCGAUGAGCGAGAAAGUGCCCCAAAAUGAGAAGGACAGCCUGUUGCCGGAAGGUGACUUAUCCCCUCGAUCGCCAACUCGUCGUUCCCCGAUCGGCGAGGACAACCUGAUGCCGUCGGUGCCCGAGGAGGACGAGGAGCACCAGCGGACCCGCACUUCGCUUGACCUCAAAAAAUGGCGGCGGCUACAAGAAGACAUCACGAAGAAGCAGGGCAAGGACCAA